AAUCGAUUUCAGAGUGCCACUGAGGGGGUAACCAAAAGGUGCGUCGUCUCAUUGAGACGUAAUAGGAAAUAGGAAAUAGGAUAUAGGAAAUAGGAAAUACCAAAAAAGGGGGUGAGGGCUCAGGCAGAUAGACUGCCGAGGUAAAGGGGUUGAGAACUCAGGCAGUUUACCUGUCGAGGUAAAGGGGGUGAGGGCUCAGGUAGAUAGACUGCCGAGGUUAACGUAUCUAUUUAGUAUUUGUUUUUCGGUUUCCCUUACCAGGUACUGGAUCUUCUUGACAACCCUGCAGGCAGCUCUGGGAUGGUAUGUUGGAAUAGAUAACCAAACACGGCAACAUCACAACAAGUCGCUUCUUCCGCUUCUUUGUUGUAGCUUGACACACCACUUUCAUUAAGACGCACAUCACCAUGGAUACAACAGCGCUUGCAUGGUUCUUUGGCCUUUUAUUGCCACCCUUGGUGGCUGUGCUUUACUCCAUUGCAAUGCUAUCCAUGUACGCAGGAUUUUGCGAAUGGACAGUGUCUGAGAAAUUGCCUUCGUUGGCAUGGCGCUUGGGUCUGCUGGGUGGUGCUGCUGCCAUUACGUACAGCGAUCGGUAUGCGACAACCCAUGGCUCGAAUAUUUCCGAGACGAGUCGAAUGGAAAUUUCCAUGAUGGUCAUUGAGAGUGCUCUCAUUUGGGUGCUGUCAUUUUAUUUCCUGCUGGAAACGAGACUGGAGGACAUUGUUGGAGGAACGGAUCCAAACGGUCGAGUGCCGAAAGAUUGCAUCAAGGGAAAGAUCGUCUUGGUCACGGGCGCCAAUGCUGGAAUUGGCAAAGAAACAGCCCGUCAAUUGGCCAAUCUAGGUGCCGCCAAGGUGAUUUUGGCCUGUCGAAGUCCCAAGAGAGGACAAGACGCCAUGGAAGAACUACGGAAAAAUCAACAGGAAGAUACCAUGAAAUUGUCACAACUCAUGGUACUAGAAUGUGAUUUGGGAAGUUUUGAUUCCAUCCGCAAAGCCGUGGAUUUCUUGAAGGGGCGUCAAUUGGAAGAUAUUCCCAAAAUUGAUGUUCUCAUAUUGAAUGCUGGCGUGAUGAUGAACGAUCAUGUCAUGACCAAGGAUGGAUGCGAGACAAUGAUGCAGGCAAAUCUGCUUGGCCACUAUCUACUUACUCGCAUGUUGCUAGCGAAAAAUAUGCUCAAACCCAACAAGAAAAAUCCACCACGGGUAUUGCACCUGUCAUCUUCGACGUAUCAAAUUGCCGUCAGCCAUCAUGGAGGCAUGGACAUGGACGACCUGUUUUGCAACAAGGGCAAGCGGCAGUAUUCACUCUUUGGACAAUACGCACAAUCUAAACUCGGCAAUAUAUUGUUUGCCAAGGAACUGGCACGUCGAUACAAGGAUAAAUUGGUGUCAUUGGCGGUCCAUCCAGGCUUGGUUCGAACGGAUGUCACCCGCAACAUGCCCUUUAUCCUCUACUACGGCAAUCUGGCAUGUGCCAUAUUUAUGAAGCAACUGCAAAAGACUGUGGCCCAGGGGGCGUGGUGUUCUGUGUCGGGAGCCACAAUCUCGGUCGAUGCAGGUCUGAUGAGUACUCACGAAUUGGACACUCCCGAAAGUGGGACGGCCGAACCAGAAGAUUCUACGGAUAAGGAAGAACCCAAAGGGAUACCAAAUGGGUCCUAUUUGCAAAAUGGAAAGGUUAGACAAACCGACACUUACACAUACUUGGAAGCGGAUGCACGAAAGUUGUGGGAUCUCAGUGAGAAGAUUGUGGGGCUGGAGCAAGAGUAACACUAGCUACUCUAGUACAGGACGAGACUCACAAAACCUUUUGUAUGCACUAGAUACAUGUACUAGUAUGGCUGGCACCGCACUCUUUGUUUGCUUCACUUUCGUUAGGACUGUCACUCUUUCUUCCUGCUUGGUGAUUGCGUCCAGUAGUACCGGUAGCAAAUGCACAAACCACCUCUCUGCCCAGGCGUUUUCAACGAUUGUCUUCUGCUCCAGCUCUUCCAGCGCUCGGUGAUGCUCCAGGUCAGAGUUCUCCAUGCCAGUCUUGCAUACCGGUACCGCACAUGUACCGUAGGCCUGCUCGCUACCGGUACCCGUACUGCCUCCACCCCAGUAAGUUUUAGAGGACCAAAGGCACAUCGACGACUGA